GAAGCGACAGGUAUGCAGCGGGUCGUGGGUCUCAAAAUCCAGACCCAUACCCAUACCCGUGAUGAUCCCUAACUGCAUGUUUCAUUGAUUGGCGGCAAUUGUGGUGGAACUCAAUGGCCUGUUUCCUCCUUGACGGUCGCAAUCCUCAAAAGUUCUAUGAAGCUAUUGAGCGCUUCCAGGAGCUUGAGUCUGAAAUUGGAAGGGUCAAUCCAGAGUGCUGGAAAAUGAUGCUUCAGACGGUGAAGAAAGGAACAACGUUCCAUCUUGCUUCUGAUCUCGUCGAGGAGACAGCUCAGCAGUUGUCGGCAGCUCUGAUCACGGAGCCUGGCCCAAUGCUGACACACGCAGAGUUGGAUACCUUGAGCUUGCCAAGCCAUGAAGAAAUUUUGUAAGGUAUCCUCAUCAUCUGAUGGCUUGGUCGGCGAGUCUGGUGAAGUA